UGACAUUUCUGACGUCAAGGCAUUGCGUCACCGAGCGUGCGCCAGACAAACCUCUUUACAUGAAGUGAUUCAUUAAAUGAAGUAGUGUAUUUGGACGGUGAAUUGUAUGUUUGGUAGUUAAAAUACCAUCAAGAAGAUGCUCAUCAAAGAAUACCGUGUGACGUUGCCACUAACAGUGGAAGAGUACCAAGUUGCUCAGCUGUUCAGUGUUGCUGAGGCAUCCAAAGACAACACUGGGGGAGGUGAAGGUAUUGAGGUUUUGAAGAACGAACCUUUCACCAACUUUCCCCUUCUAGGGGGCAAGUACAAUUGUGGUCAGUAUACUUACAAAAUUUAUCAUUUGGCCAGUAAGGUGCCAUCUUUCAUAAGACUUCUGGCCCCAAAGGGAAGUCUUGAAAUUCACGAGGAGGCCUGGAAUGCCUACCCUUACUGCAGGACUGUGAUUACGAAUCCUGGUUACAUGAAGGACAAUUUUGUUAUUUGUAUUGAGAGUAUGCACAUUGCAGACACUGGCAAGCAGGAAAAUGUUCACCAAUUGUCCAAUGAUAAACUUAAGCAAAGGGAAAUAAUUCACAUUGACAUUGCCAAUGACCCUGUAACCUCAGCAGAUUACAAGGAAGAUGAGGAUCCUACUAAGUUCAAAUCACAAAAAACUGGCCGGGGUCCGUUAGUGGGGCCAGACUGGAAAGAAAAAGUCAACCCUGUGAUGACAUGUUACAAACUAGUUACUGUAGAAUUCAAAUGGUUUGGAUUGCAGGUAAUGAUCAUUACUUCAAAACCACUUAGAACUCAGUUCUUCUUUAUCAGUAUUUUCAGGCAAGUAUUUUGUUGGAUGGACCGUUGGCAUGGAUUGACAAUGGAAGAUAUCCGAGCAAUAGAAGAUAAAACAAAGGAAGAAUUGGAGGCUCUUCGUCAAAAGGGUGAAGUUCGAGGAUUACGAGCUGAGUCUGACUAAAUCAUACUAUCAGAACUAUGGUAUAGCUAAUUUUAUUUCGAAUCCACUUGAAAACGAAACAACUGAGAGCUGUCUGAAAUAACUGUGAAAGAAGCUCACUAAAACUGUUUUCUGAAUGUUUGAAAUCUUUUUAAGCGUAAAACUUUUUUAACUUAUUUUAUAUUAUUAAUGGUGCAUUUAUCUCUUACAUUGUGAAAUUGAAGUAUAUUUAUAUUGAAUGAGUAGUUACCAUGAGAUUUUUUUCUCGGAAAUGUGUUUUCUAGGCAGUUCAAAGGGCCUGUUUUUCAGACAUCUACUGAAUACGUGUUCUAAGUGAAAAAUAUGAAAUUUAGGGAAAAAUAAUGAAAAAAAAUCAAUGAUUUUCAUUGGACUCCAAACUUGUAUAUUGUGUUGCAAUUAUGUUUGAAUAAAUUUUUAUUUUAUACUUGUUUUAUUUGAUUUUCUGCUUAUGUUUAAUUUCUGCUUUUCUUUCAUUAUUUUUCUGCUUGAUAACCCAUUCCUUAAAUAGAUAGCUGGUUAAUAGUAGGUUACAGUAGCAAGGAAAGUAAUGAAUUUUUGUUGCUGAAGUAAAUUUAUAUUAUCUAUGCUUGAUUGGUAGAGCAACAUAGAUAUUUUUUUGAAAAUUAUAUAUGUUGAAAUAUUUAGAUUGGUAAUCAAAACUUGACUGACGAAAAUAAUUGCAGGAAAACUGCACAAAACAUACCGAAAAUAGCUAAGUUGUUAAGUAUAAUAUACUUUUUUUCCAUUUUCUUUAUUUCAAUAAAUAUUUACAAGUGUAUGGAUACCGAUUUGUUUUGAGAUCCGUCAUUUAUUUGAGGUCAUUUUUAUCAGAAUUUUUUUUAAUAUAUUAUAAGAUUGAGAGACCUACCUCAAAAACGAAUUUACUCUAGCAAUGAAAUGAUGUGUAAUAUGGUUGAUUUUUUUCCAUUCAUCAAAUGGAAGAGGGACUGUUUUAUUAAAAAAGGGAGUGUUCUCCUUCUUCAAUAGUAAACAGUGUUUAGGAAGUAGUUUUUCAAUUACUGUCAGGUUUUGGCAUCAUGAAGAUUGUGUUGAUAUUUGCCUAGGUGUUUCCUAGAGUAUAUACUGGUGGUAUGGAACAUAUUUUCCUACUCAUAACUGGAAACUUGAAGAUUUGUGUACUGAUAAUAAUCAAUUUCAGAAAUUAAUUUAGAUUACUUUGAUUUCAUCAUAUUUGUAAUAGUCACCCCUAUGAUAAUAUAGAAAUUAACAUAUCGAUUCAAAUAUCAAAAAGACAUUUCUAUAAAUUUCUGCUACAGUUUUUUCUGUGACAAAUGUAUGCUUCUUCAAAAUCAAUUUUGAGAUCACUUUUAGUACUUUUAAAGCUGAGUGUCAUAAAACUUGUUUUAAAAAUACCUGUUGAUCUUUAUUAGGGGAGUGUAUUAUAGUAGGAAAAUAUGUUCAACUGAUUUUUUUUCCUAUAUAUACACAAACGUUUCCUCUGAAAACAUAGAAAUAUACGUUUUGUCUAGUCUUGUUGUUCAAAUUGAUGGUUAUUUAUAAGAAUUACUCCAUAGUUCCAUAGCAAUGUUGAACAUGUAUAAUAUUUAUUAAACAUUUUGAAACGUG